UAUCGAAUCUGUUUAGUUGUCAUAUGUCCGAUAAUUCUGGAUAAUUCCAUAUAAUAUACAAUCUGCGUUCAGUGGGCAAAAUAAAAAAAAGGGGUCUCCCCAAUCAAGCCGCAGUACUUUGCAACAGAUUCAGCAAGAUGUCCGUGCGCCACGACUGGUACCAAUCCGAGACAAAGGUGGUCAUCACCGUGCUCCUGAAGAACGCCGCCGAAAAGAACUAUGCGGUGGAGAUUUCCCCGAACCGCGUCCACAUGACGGCGGAUGGCUACGAGUUGGACCUGAAGCUGCUGCACCCCAUCGUUGUGGAGCGGUCCUGCACAAGGCCUUUUCCACCAAGUGGAGAUCACCUGGCCAAGGAGACGGGCAUUCGCUGGGAUAACCUGGAGGAGAAGGCCGUGCCGGCUGCUCCUCCAAAGCCCAAGGCCAAGAACUGGGAUCAGCUGGUCAGCGAGGAGGAGAAGAUCGACGAGAAGGAGGCCAAGGGCGAGGCGGCCCUCAACAACCUGUUCAAGAAGAUCUACAGCACAUCGUCGCCCGAGGUGCAAAAGGCCAUGAACAAGUCCUUCUCAGAAUCCGGCGGCACCGUUCUCAGCACCAACUGGAACGAGGUGGGCAAGGAGAAGGUCACAGUGAAGCCACCAGAUGGAACCGAGUUCCGCGAGUGGGAGAAGUAGGGCGGCAUACCCAUAUCCCCUGUAUUUAUAAGUCAGAGAGAGAGAUUCAAGAGAAACACUAAAUAUAUAUAUUUUUACGCAUGGAUCGGCCGACGACCAAGAAAAACGUUACAAG